AUGAUUUCGGAGCCUACGUCGACCAGCGGGCCUCCAGAUGUCGCCGUCUCCGAAUCCGUCUCUCUCAGCGCCAAUUGUCCGUUAUCUUCCGCUCAAGAUAAGGACAAUAUAACCGCAUUCUCAUGGAGCCCAGAGACUGGCAGCAUGGAAUUUAUGCUGCAGAAUCUUAGCGACGGAAGUUUUCCUGGCCUGGAUCUGACAGCGUCGCUGGACGAUUUCCUCGCAGGAGACUACCAUACCAACACCAUCGGCGACCCCUUUUCAACGUUUGCGCUACCUGAUGUCAAAUCGUAUCUACCAAGGACACCUUCCCUUCAGCUUUUGCCUGGUGAACGCCUGCCCCCUUCACAAGCCCCCACUAUUAUGGCCCCAUCGAGCGCUUCUUCAUUCAACAGCCCACCGUUUAAUGGCGGCAUAAACGGCGACGACGAUGCCUUUGCGAGUAACCUCGUUCCUAGUCUCUCUGCUUUGACCUCUGAGAGCUCCGCAGAAUUGAAUCAGGAGCUCUUCCGAAUGGUUUGCGAAUACCCUAAAAGGAUGCUUCAGCGAGAUUUUUGGUCGCCCUUUAUUCACCAUCGACUCUAUCGCUGCGCCAAGGCCGGCAUGGCAGAGCCAUUAGGAAUUGCACUUGCUUGUAUCUCCGCGCAUGACAACUCGGUUGAGUCCAGUUCGAACUUCGUCGACACCAUGAUUAAUACCCAGCGGGAGAAGCUGAUCCGAGGGUUCCACUUGUACAGUGACCGCCCGGAAACAUGCCUCGCGGCGCUCCAUGCUGUCAGUAUCUAUCAGAUCCUUGGUCUCUUCCAUGAUUCUUCAGGGAGUCCUAAUAAGGAAGGAGACCGAAAGCGGGAGGAAUCUAAACUGGCGGCUGAGUGGCAUAGCUCCUUUUUAUUGAAGGUAGGUUCAACAUACCUUAUCUUUGAUGCUCGCUCUCUCUGA